CAGAGAGCGCAGUACGAGAAUCAGUACGAUAGUACAAGAGUUUGUACAAGCGUCAGUACGAGGGUUAGUACGAGAUUUAGUACGAGAGUCGGUACGAGAGUCAGUGCGAUAGGACAAAAGUGAGUACGAGAGCACAAGAGUCUACGCGAGCCAGUAUGAGUGUUCUCCUGGUUUUCUCGCUCGUGACUUUUGCACUGCAGGGUCUAUGCAGCCUAUCUCUUCAUGAGAGCGACUCGCCUCACGUCCUCCAACUUGGACUGCGGCGAAACCAGCACAAUGACCCCGUGGGACGAGACCGGCGGCGGUUCAAGCGGCAGACUGGUACGGUGGCCGUCGAUCUCCACGGCGAUUCGAUGGGCGGCGACAUCUAUUCCACGAACCUGACCAUCGGCGAUCCCCCGCAAGCUGUUGAGGUUUCUGUCGACACGGGCAGCGCCGAUCUCUGGGUCGUAUACAGCGAGAACCCGGUCUGCAAUGUUCGAGGGGCGCGGUGUGACGACUCGGGGACGUACGAUCCUACUGCUUCGACCUCGUUUGACGGGCUAUCCGACGAGUUCGCGAUCGAGUACGGCGAUAGUUCGUGGGCGGAGGGGUACUAUGGGAUCGACACCCUGACGGUCGCAGAUGCCGAGGUCUCAGAGGUGCAGUUCGCCGUUGCGGUCGAAUCCAGCAUAGACAAGGGGAUCUUAGGCAUCGGCUACAGUACAAAUGUCGUCUCGACCUACCGCUACCCCAACCUCCCCGAACGGCUUGUGGCCAGCAACAUCACCUCUUCGAACGCGUACAGUCUUUGGCUCAACCGGCUGGGCUCCGACGAAGGGACUAUCCUCUUCGGCGGCGUCAACACCGCCCACUACACCGGUCCCCUGCGAACCCUCCCCGUCGUGAGGUACAAUGGACACUACAUCCACCUCUGGCUCACGCUCACGGGGAUGGGCGUCGAGUCCGCCUCGGACGAUAUUACAAAGUCAUACUCGGAAACGCGGUCCACCACUGGGGAGCAGGAAUUCCCCUUCGUCGCGCUCCUCGACUCCGGCGCGACUCUCACGUACCUCCCCUCGAACAUUGUCGCACAGAUCUUUUCCGACCUCGACGUGCACUUGUACGAACCAGAGCAAUUCGGCUACGUACCGUGCGACACAUACCUCGUUGGCCGAGAAGACUACAAUCUGACGUUCACAUUCAGCGGCGUGACGAUCCGCGUUCCACUCCGUGAGCUUGUGCUGCGGGAUGCGAUCUCCGGCCCCGGCAGGGACGCACUCCAGCUGCCCAACAACGCCGACGAGGAAAGCUGCCUAUUCGGUAUUCUGCCGAAUACCGACCUCUUUCCCAUACUAGGCGAUACAUUUCUCAGAAGUGCAUAUGUCGUCUUUGACUUGGAUAACAACGAGAUUUCGCUUGCUCAGGCCAAUACCGCGCCCGGGGACGACCGGAUCCUCGAGAUUGGGAGUGGCGACGAUGCGGUCCCGGAAGCAGAGGAUGUGGAUGACCCCGUCACGACUGCGACAGUUUCGCUCGGGGGGUCGAGCCUGAUUCUGCCGACUGGGUGGACGAAUGAGCCCAUAUUCCCGAGUAGGACUGUGACCACGAGCACGACUGCUACAAGUACGGGCACAAACACGGGUAGUGGAGAGGACACAGAGGCGACGGAUUCUGACCAGGGUACAUCUGGCGGAACUGGGACACAAGCUGAAGGCCCCGUCGCUACAGACGGCGCCGUUGGGGUGGGAAAUAGCCCACUUCUGGCCAUCGCGAUGGCCGCACUUGUCCUAAAUAUGGUCCUAGCUCUGUGA